AUGUGGCGCCCAUAUAGUAAUAUUAGUAGCUAUCGUAGGACAUUUGUUGCCCGUUAUUUGUUGAAGGACCGGCCAGCGCCGGAGCAAUCAUGCACGAAUUUCAUCAAGCGAGACGAAGAUGGAUCGUUCCCGGUUGUAUCUCUCAAUUUCAACCUGAAAGAUUCUCCGGAUAUGGACGAGUUUCCAGAGGAGUCCUUCCGUGACACGAUCUCCAGCGCCCUUCGAGUGAAUCCGGCUGACAUACUCCUACUCAGAGUAAAUUGCCAAGGAACUGAGGAUACUUUAACAGUACAAUUUGGCGUCCUUAAAAAGGUACGUUUGCAAAAAGUAGAAGAAGAGAAGAAACCGAUGAACGUCAAGAAAAUCACCAAGAAGGACGAUGACGCCGACGAAGAUGAUGACGAUGAUGAUGAGGAAGAAGAUGAUAAGGAGGAUAAGGACAAGGACGAUGACGGAAAGGACGACAAUGACGACGAUGGUGACGAUGACGAGGAUGAUGAUGAUGACGACAAUGACAAGAAGAGCGACGGCAAAAGAAAGCAGAAGAAGGAUGACGAUGACGACGAUGAUGGUGAUGAUGACGAUGAAGAUGAUGAGGACGAAGAUGAUGACGACGACGAACCCAUCAAGUAUGACCAGGAUAUGUUUGUGGACGCUGAAUCAGUGGCGACGAGGAUGAAAGCUAUGGGUCAUCUCAGCCAAAUUGCCGAUCUUCAAGUGGAUACCAUUGAAUAUGUAAGUCUCUCCGAAGUAUAUUUUUCAUAA